GUGAAGGAGCGGCGGGAAGGCGGAGCUCAGCGCCUUUCAAGUCUGCCAGUCUGAGGAGGCGACGUGGGGCUGAACUUCUCUGGCGACGACCGGACCUGGGAUUCUCUCAUAAGACACAUUGGCUGUAUAGUACCGAGAAGCGGCUGGCUGCGUCUUAACACUCGGUCCGGGGAAGAAAAAAAUGUCCACCGUGAACUGGAAGCCUUUCGUUUUCGGCGGGCUUGCUUCCAUAACGGCAGAAUGCGGCACUUUCCCCAUCGACCUGGCCAAGACGCGCCUCCAGGUUCAGGGCCAAGUCGGGGACAUCAAGUACCGUGAGAUCCGCUACAGAGGCAUGCUCCAUGCUAUCAUGAGGAUAGGACGAGAGGAGGGGCUCCGGGCGCUUUACUCAGGCAUCUCCCCCGCCAUGCUCCGUCAGGCCUCCUACGGGACCAUCAAAAUUGGGACAUAUCAGAGUUUUAAGCGGCUGCUGGUGGACAGACCAGAAGAUGAGACCUUGCUGACCAAUGUGCUGUGCGGCGUUCUCUCUGGAGUCAUCUCUUCUUCCAUUGCCAACCCCACUGAUGUGCUGAAGAUCCGGAUGCAGGCUCAGGGAAAUGUGAUCCAAGGCAGCAUGAUGGGCAACUUCAUCAAUAUCUACCAGGAGGAGGGCACACGAGGACUGUGGAAGGGUGUUUCUCUAACAGCGCAGAGGGCGGCCAUCGUGGUCGGCGUCGAACUCCCGGUCUACGACAUCACCAAGAAGCACCUGAUCCUGUCGGGUUACAUGGGGGACACCGUGUACACACACUUCCUGUCCAGCUUUCUGUGUGGCCUCGCUGGGGCUCUGGCCUCGAAUCCAGUAGAUGUGGUCCGGACACGCAUGAUGAACCAGAGGGGAGGGGCUCUGUACCAGGGAACGCUCGACUGUCUGCUGCAGACGUGGCGCUCAGAGGGCUUCAUGGCGCUCUACAAGGGUUUCUUCCCAAACUGGCUCCGCCUGGGGCCGUGGAACAUCAUUUUCUUCCUCACUUACGAGCAGCUGAAGAAGAUCAACGUGUGACUGAACGAACGUCGGAGAGAAAGCGAGCCGAGCUGUCGCCCAGAGACGAGCCGAGGGGACCAAAAUCAGGAACGUCUGGAACGGUGGAGGCUCCUCAGAGGAGCCGGCGAGGGGAAAAGCCAGGGGAGUACGCAAAUGGAAUCCGAUUCCAGAGCGACUCCCGGCUCCAUGUCUGUUUUAAAAAAAGCCUUGCGGCAAACGGGGAAAGGACUGUGACAGGAAUACUCACACGGCUUCUUCUGCUCAUCUGCCACUUCAAGGCGCUACAGUACCAUGGUUCCGCUCGGACCCAAGCCAACUGUGAAAUUCUCCAACCCUAGAAAAAAAUCAACACUUUACAUUUCAGUCGAAGGCUGCUGCGCUUCAAAACCGUCUCUGUUACGGUGAUGAAAAUGCGUCCAGCCUGUGUUAUUUAAAUGUUUUUUUUCACAUAAAGUGCUCUGUAAACUGUGUGCCUUAACCCAAUUUGUGGUUCAGGAUGUAAAAUGCUCGAGCUGCACGUGGACUCCCGACUGUUGGACAUCCGCUGUGACAAUCGGCGCGAUCAUUCCCCUUUGAGAAACCGACACGUUGCGGGUUUAAUAUCUAUAUUUAAAUGUUUGAAGUUAUUUAUUUCCUGUGGUCUCCCUUGCGCAUUUGCAGAGUAAAAGGCCAAGAACAGAGCGUGGUAUACUGCGAGCUUUAUAUUUACAUGCGUAUAUGGCUGAAAUACCAGAGUUGUUACAUAGACGGGACAUUCAUCACAUGUGCAUGACUGGUAAGUAAAUAUAUCCUCUAGCAGCUCAGUGAUGUUCAAGCUCCUGUUACAUCCGUCACUUAAAAAAAAGUCAUCACGUAUGCAGACGAUAUGUAAACUUGCAUAUACAUUUCACUGGGUCAGAUCAGGCGAUUCCCGUCACUGCUUCAACAGACCGAUUGUUCACUCCGUGCUAUUCCUUCGUACUGUAUUUAAACGCUUUAAGCUUUCGUCGGAAAGGAAUGUGUAUGCUGCUUCUGCCAAAGUGUAAGCCGGUGUCAUUUUUGUAAUAAGUUUAUUUCAAUGCAGCCGUGGACUUGUAUAUUGAAAAUAAAAAGCGUGAAUUGUA